UACCACUACUCCUCUGGGCUCUGGGCUGUGCAGCAGCUCGGCUUCCUGUCUGCUUCUCCUGUACAAAGUCCUGCACAACUGAACCCAUAUACACCAGAAACCCGGUUCGGACCUGUUCAGACAGUCCUUCAGGACUUCCUCCAGGUACCGGGCUCUAGCGAGACGUCCCGGACCACAUGACGUCCUCCAGCGGACAGCAGUACCCGAGAGAGGGAGGUGUUCUCGGCGGAGAGAGCCUGUCUCUCCGCAGCAGCACGGAGAAGCUGGACUCGUCCGCGGUGAACCGCCUCCUCAUGGAGGUGCUGGUGUACUUCGGCCGAGCCGUGCUCGUCUUCUACCCGGUGUACCUGACGGGCUACCUGGGCCUCAGCAUCAGCUGGGUGCUGCUCUGCAUGGUCAUGGCCACCUGGUGGAAGAAGAACCGACAGUGGAAAGACGCCCGGAUCGGAACCGCCCUCGACUUUGUGGACAAUGAAACCGUUGUGGUGAACAAGGAGCUGCAGUGCGCCCUGCAGAUGGCUUCAUGGGUCCACUUUCCUGAUGUUGAGAAAGUCGACUGGCUUAACAAGAUUUUGCAGCAGGCCUGGCCUUUCUUUGGGAUGUUCAUGGAGAAGCUCCUUAAAGAAAACAUCCAGCCGGCCAUCAGGCUCUCCAGCCCAUCGCUCAAAACGUUCACUUUUUCCAAGAUCCACUUUGGACACAUACCUCUCAGGAUCACUGGAAUGAAAGUAUACACACAUGAAGUGGAUCAGAGGGAGGUGGUUCUGGACAUGACUAUAAGUUAUGAGGGCGACGUGGACAUCGACGCUGACGUGAAUUCGGCAAUAACAGCUGGCGUCAAAGGACUUAAACUCCAGGGGAUGAUGAGGGUCAUUUUGGAGCCUCUCAUUGGUCAAAUACCACUGGUGGGAGGAGUCACCUAUUUUUUCAUGCGCCGCCCUACCCUACAAAUCAACUGGACUGGCGCGACCAACCUCUUGGACACCCCUGCCUUCAGCUCGCUCUCUGAGGAGACCAUCAUGGACAUCAUUGCCUCGCUCAUGGUGUUGCCCAACCGCAUGUGUGUGCCCCUUGUAGACCAGGUCAAAGUGGACCAGAUGAGGUUCCCACUACCUAGAGGUGUGGCGAGGGUCCACUUGCUGGAGGCCAGAGACCUGGUGGCGAAGGACACAUACAUGAUGGGUUUGGUGAAAGGCAAAUCAGACCCGUAUGCAACACUCAGAGUGGGCAACCGACAUUUCAAAAGCAAGACCGUCAAAGAGAAUUUGCACCCCACAUGGAAUGAAGUUUAUGAGUUUGUCGUCCAUGAAGCCCCGGGGCAGGAGUUGGAGGUGGAGCUAUAUGAUGAGGACACAGAUAAAGACGACGUGCUUGGGCAGUAUCACCUUGAUUUGGGAGAAGUGAAGAGGGAGAUAGAGAUGGAUCAGUGGUUUCCUCUGGAAGGGGUCCAGAAUGGAGAAGUUCAUCUCAGGCUCCAGUGGUUUUCCCUUAAGAGUGACCCCAGCCUGCUGAGGGAGUCUGCAGACGGCUUUGCUUGUGCUAUGCUUGCGGUGUAUCUGGACAAUGCCUCAAACCUACCGAAAGACAACAGUGAGAUCACCGAGCAUCAGAAACACGGGAAGCACUCAAAGGAAGCUCGGCUCACGAAGAGGAAGACUGCCUGCCCAAACUCCUAUGUGGUAUUUUCCGUCGAUGAUGAGGUUCAGAAAAGCAAGGUUGUGUACGCAUCUAAAGACCCGGUGUGGCAGGAGGGCUUCACCUUCUUUGUGCAUGACGUCAGAACACAGCAGCUCUCUCUUCAGGUCAAACAGCAUGAGAAGAAGGAUCAGCUCGGUGUUCUCAGCUUGCCCCUGAGUCGCCUCCUCAACACCUCCGACAUGACCCUAGACCAGCGCUUCCUGCUGGAGCGCUCCGGAGCAAACAGCCAGAUCAAGCUGAAAGCCACUCUCAGGGUUCUUACUAUGGAAAAGCCUCCACCCAAGAUUAUCCUCAAACCUCCUCCACAAGACAAACAACAAAGGCCGCAGACUAACCAAGGAGGUAGCGCCCCUCUAUCCACUCCGUCCGUCGCUACAUCCUCCUCUCCAGCACUUUCCCCCGACACCAUCCCCAUCCCCACCACCCUCGCCUCACCUCCGACCUCGGCGGAAGAUACCGAGGAUGGCUCUCGUGAAACCAGUCGGUCAGCUUAUUCCACGUUAAACAUGCGUCGGUAUGACUCCACCAGCCUGCUGUCAGAGAACUCCAUCGCUUCGUCCCGUUUGGACCUUUCAAGCGGGGCCUCGUAUCCAGAGGCCAUCAGGAGACAUCAGGGUUCAUUUGGGCUGAUCCAGCUGACUGUGCGCUACGCCACCCUGAGGAACAAACUCAUUGUCAUAGUUAACUCCUGCAGGAACUUAUUCCGCGUCAGUGAGAAUGGCACGGACUCUUACGUCCGCCUGUAUUUACUCCCUGACCAAUCCUGGAUACACCGCAAGAGGACACAUGUCAAGAAGAGGACAGUCUAUCCCGUCUUCGAUCACAAGUUUGAAUUUGAUGUGUCACUCAACGAAGCACAAACCAGGAAGUUGGACGUGGCAGUGAAAAAUGGCAAAAUGUUACACUCGCGGGAGAGCAAGGACAUUGGCAUGGUGAUGGUAGAUCUUUCACAGGUGGAUAUAGCCAAAGGCAUCACAGAAUGGUUUGAGCUCACACUGCCAGGGCUGAAGAAAUCCAGCUAGCGGGUAGAGCUGUAAAACGUCUGUUUUCAGAGCAGCUCCUCAGCCACUGCAAGGCCAAGAUGCAGGCCUGAUAAAUGUUGGGAGAGUUGCAUAUUCCUGUGUCUUCCUUAUCAUCGUGGACCAGAGUUGGGUUUUACAAAUGCAGCACAAAGCCCAUCUCAGAUCCUGGACAUGUUUGGUACUGUAUGUCAACAAGGGUACACUCACUGGCACAUACAGUAAUAUUCCAAACCACACCCCUACUUAGGGUAUUACUUGGAAUGAAGCGUUUAAGUGCAUCUUGUCCCACUUACAGAUAGCCGCCAUGAUAUAACACAAUAUUUUGUUCUAAAUCCAAUUCAUGAUCCAAUUUAUUGUAGCUUAUUUGGAUUGACGAAUAGAAACCAAAUGAUCCUGAAUAAUAAUGCUAUUGCUAAGCAUUUCUUUUAGUAUGAAAAUAGAAUGUAAUUCAUCAGAACAUGUUUGUAUUUAUACUCUAUCAAGAAACAAGAUAAUUUCUUUAACUUGGAUAAUUUGGAUCUUUUUUUGUGAGAGGUUUUUGAGUUGACCUGAGCCAAAGUUAUCCUUUUGUAUUUCCGUGUAUUCCUAUUGAUAGUUUUUACUAUAGAAGGGGGGAAAAGCAAGUGUGUUUGGUGCGGCAAUCCAGGAGAUUUGCAUUGCAUAUUGAUGAUGGGUUACAUGCUUUAAUAUACAUAAAACUGUACAUAUUCACAGUUGGAAGAAGCCAAAUACAACUGGAGUUCUGUGUGGGCAGCUGAGCAGUUCUUCUGAAGCAGUCGGUUCAUUAGAGAGGAAAAACAGCACAUGAUCAUUUUCAAUAUUUUAAAUACUCACACUCACAAACAAGCUUCAUGGAGAGUACUACUAAUAAAAUAUCUUUCUGCAUUGACGUAGAAUUUAACUUGAAAAACAACACUAAUUCAUUAAGACAUGGAGAAAUUCCCUUUAAAUUAAUUACAACUAUCAUCUAUAGUUGACAUAGGCUUGUGGUAGCCAUCCUGAUGAGCUGUUUAUCUGUUGUCCAUUUAAAUUAUUCAGGAGCUGGAUAAUUUAUGAAACGUUUACAGUUGCUGGUAUUUUUUAAUUGACACUGUACAUGACUGUGAGUUUUCAGUUAACAUUUGGAUGGAAAAUAAACAUCUUUAAGAAAA